GUCAUCGAGACGUUCCCAUCAUGGCGGCCGAGGGCUGUGAAGAGAUGAGCGGCAACGGGGAACUCGAAGAGCCCUCAGUCAUGGACGCCCCUGAGGUUCCUCCGCCACCUCCACCUGAGAUGUCGGAGGAAAACGGCAGUGAAGCUGUGGCUCCUGAGGCUCCUGUAGGCCCCGAUCCUGCUUCCUUCUCUGUACCUUCAGCUGUAGGAGAUGAGGAGGGGGAACUUCCUGCAGACUUUGAGCGUCUCUGGAAGGCCGCACACGACAAUCCUCAAGAUUUCACCAGCUGGACUGACCUGCUGCAGUACUGCGAACAAGAGAGUCACAUCACAGCAUCACGCAGGGCGCUAGAGGCCUUUCUCAUUCGCUAUCCGCUCUGCUAUGGCUACUGGAAGAAAUUUGCUGAUCUGGAGCGCCGUUCUGGGUACAACGACAGAGCAGAAGAGGUGUGUAUUCAGGGUCUUCAGGUGAUUCCUCUGAGUGUAGAUCUAUGGAUCCACUACAUCAAUCUACUGCUUGGUACACUUGAUAUGAAUCUGCCUGAAUCACCUAAGCGGAUCCGCAGUGUGUUUGAGGAUGCGGUUGUGGCAGCAGGUCUGGACUUCCAUUCAGACCGGCUUUGGGAUCUGUAUGUGGAGUGGGAGAAAGAGCAAGGUAACAUGAAGAAUGCUGCAGCCGUCCUGGACAGAGUCCUCAGGGUGCCCACACAGCUCUACAAUACCCACUAUGACAAGUUCAAAGAGCACCUGAACAAUCAUCCGCCUAAAGAAGUGCUUUCUUCUGAGGAGUAUGAGGAGCUUAGGGCAUAUUGCCGUCAAAGCCAGAAAGCAGAACGGGCAGAGCAAGCCCAGGAGGAGGAAGAGGAGAGGCCACCAGGAGAGGAAGAGCCUGCAACACCUGAAGGCACAGACUCAGAGGAACUGAUGCAGAAGAUAAGAGAACAAGUAUUGCUUCGAAGGGACAAAGUGUACCAGGACAAUGAAGGAGAAGUCCGUAAGAGAUGGCACUUUGAAGAUGCGAUCAAGCGACCGUAUUUCCACGUCAAGCCACUCGACAGAGUGCAGCUCCGUGCCUGGCACUCUUACUUGGACUGGGAGAUCGCUGAGCUGAACAGGGACACUAAAGAUCCUACACAAGAUCCAAACCAGGCAGCCACUGAGGAGUCAGAGGUUACGACUCAGCCUCAAGAAGCAUCAGAGGAGGCUGUGGUUACCCACAGUGACUACAGGGUCCGCAUUCUGUUUGAGCGCUGCCUGAUCGCCUGUGCACUGUAUGAGGAGUUUUGGACCAGAUACAUUCAGUACCUGGAGCCCCAGAGUGUGGAUGAGGCUCGGGCUGUUUACAAACGAGCCUGUGAGGUCCAUUUGACUUAUAAACCCAACAUCCACAUGCAGUGGGCGACCUUUGAGGAGAGACAUGGUAACUCAACUGAGGCUCGCCGAGUGUUGGUGGCCCUGGAGAAAAGCAUGCCAGGCUUGGCGAUUGUCCGUCUUCGCAGGGUCGCAUUGGAGAGACGAGCAGGCCAGCUGGACAUAUCGGAGGCCUUGCUGAGGGAGGCAGUGGAUGAAUCCAAAGAGAAGCCCACGUUACACGCUUUCUACUCCAUCAAGCUGGCUCGUCUGCUGCAAAAAGUGGGCAGGAAUCCCAGCGAAGCUCGCAGAGUUUUACAGGAAGCACUGGAAAUUAGUCCGGAUAAUGACAAACUGCACUUGAACUUGUUGGAGCUGGAAGUGUCGGGGGAUCCCUGGGUGUCAGCCGAGGCGGUGCAGGAGUGUGUGACGCGAGCUCUGGCAGCUCCUCUUGCCUCACACACUAAGAUCCUUCUUUCACAAAGAGGCCUCCAGUUUGCAGAGGAUUACAGCAACUCUAUCAAAAGUGUGCUGUCUGUGUAUGACGCACACCAGAAGCUGCUGAACGAGCUGGGUGGAACAAAGAGAGGAGCAGAAAACGGGGAUGAGGAUGCAGAGAAGCUGAGCAAAAGUGAUGAUGGCUCUGCUGUUGCUGUGUCUGGAGAAGCCCCACCUACCAUGCCACAUGUUCCCAUCACAACGCCGCCUCCUCCUAUGGUAGGUACCGACAUGAGCGCACAGGCUGGAUAUGGAGCGUACAGCAGCUGGUACCAGCAACCACAAUACAGCAGCUAUGGCUACCAGAACACCUGGAACUACAACCAGGGCUAUUACCCACCCAGCUAAAAGGGUGACAGCAGGUGGACCGUGCUGAACAAUAAACUUUUAACCACCCAGUCAUGCAGGUCAACCUGCUAAAGGAUAUCCCAGCAUUGUCCUCUCCGUCCUUCCCCUCACUGGCCUGGAUUUGUGAAAAUGAGGAGCGGGCCUAAUUUACUAUGUAAUAAUUUCUGUCUGGAUUCUGAGGAACAGGUGGAAAGAUGGAAAGAAAACACAUUUCAGCAGAGUGUCACUGCAUUUUAAUCAGAACUAUUUUUGUAUUUGUGGGACCCCUUGUUUGUGUUUUAAAGUCAUCCACUUUAUCCAACAUCAUAGGCAUUGUAUGACCGACAUUUGGUACCGUUCAAAAUGACUAGAUUGUGUGUGUAUGUGUGUGUGUGUUUUUCUCUCUUAUGUACAUAAAGGUGUUUUUAUAGUGUCAAAA